AGAACUAUUUCUGCCAUGCAGACAAUUGAGUGUGUUGUUGUGGGUGAUGGUGCUGUUGGUAAAACAUGUCUCCUGAUAUCCUACACAACAAACAAAUUUGUAUCCGAAUAUGUACCAACUGUUUUUGACAACUAUGCAGUUACAGUUAUGAUUGGUGGAGAGCCAUACACUCUUGGACUUUUUGAUACUGCAGGGCAAGAGGAUUAUGACAGACUACGACCGCUAAGUUAUCCACAAACAGAUGUAUUUGUAGUCUGUUUUUCAGUGGUCUCUCCGUCAUCAUUUGAAAAUGUGAAAGAAAAGUGGGUUCCUGAGAUAACUCACCACUGUCCAAAGACUCCAUUUUUGCUUGUUGGGACCCAGAUUGAUCUCAGAGAUGAUCCCUCCACUAUUGAGAAACUUGCCAAGAACAAACAGAAGCCUAUCACUCCAGAGACUGCUGAAAAGUUGGACCGUGAUCUGAAGGCUGUCAAGUAUGUGGAGUGUUCUGCUCUUAUACAGAAAGGCCUAAAGAAUGUGUUUGAUGAAGCAAUAUUGGCUGCCCUGGAGCCUCCAGAACAGAAGAAGAGCUGCAGGUGUGUGCUGCUGUGA